GAGGGCUUGAGAGAAGGGAAGAGAAGAGAAGAGGAUGAGCCGAAGCCUUGGGAUCCCGGUGAAGCUACUGCACGAGGCGGCGGGGCACAUCGUCACGGUGGAGUUGAAGAGCGGCGAGCUCUAUCGUGGCAGCAUGAUCGAGUGCGAGGAUAACUGGAAUUGCCAGCUUGAAAACAUCACCUUCACCGCUAGGGAUGGAAAAGUGUCACAACUUGAGCAUGUUUUCAUCCGUGGUAGCAAAGUGAGGUUCAUGGUUAUUCCUGAUAUGCUGAAGAAUGCUCCCAUGUUCAAACGUCUGGAUGCGCGAAUUAAGGGAAAAGGGUCUUCUCUUGGGGUUGGCCGUGGUCGUGCUGCUGCUAUGCGUGCUAGGGCACAAGCUGCUGGCCGUGGUGCUCCACCUGGCCGGGGUGGUGCUCCUCCUGUAAGGAGGUAGCUUUCCGAUUUUGCUAUGAGCCAGAGACUCAAUGGUCAGAGAGGACAAGUUUUCUUUCAUUUGGAGAGAGCUUGAUGUAGGAUUAGCUUGAAGGGUGUUUGUAAUGUCUACUUUAUAAAGGAUCAUUGCUUUCCUCUUGAUGUAUACUUUAUGUUGGCGAAGUUAUUUUAUAUACCUGCAUGAAAUUUUCUGUUA